AUGAGUGAAGAUAAAUCCAAGAAUUUUAACCUGAAGCCCCCGGAAGUGCCUCCAGUAAUAAGCAUGCAGAGUCCCGAAUUCCAAAAUCUAACAUCCGCCGAAAAACUGAACGACAGUGAGUACCGCAGUCUCAUAUACCGGGCCUUCCCGAACGAGCCGAUCUGCGCAUGCUCCAAAGAUCCCCGCGCACAUGUGAAAACUUUCGACAGAAAAUGUCCAGGCAGUUGCACGAACAACUGUUGCAAUAGAACUCAUCCAACCGUUACAAUAACCAAGAACAAUGCGGACCCCUUUGGAAAUCCCCGGAGUGGGAAUCACAAUACCGCCCACUGUCCAUUGAAUAAUGGGGUUAGAAUGCGCGGCGGUGGCUGUGAGGAUCUAUACCGGAAGUGGGAGGAGCUAGACGCCUCGAGAAUUCCUAGAGCACAACAUCCCGCCAACUGUCCCCGAACCAACAACUACGGCUCCCCCAACUACUACUACACUACACGAACCGAUCGUUCCCUGUCUGAACCAGCCAGGAAUCCCUUAAAUUCAUCGAAAUGUAAAACUAACCCGAAAAGUUGCGGAGACAGUCCCUGCAUUGGAGCCGACUGUUUCCUCCGCACACUGAGAGAAACUCAGGAGUUCGUUGACUCGCUGGGGAGAGUUCCAGGACUCGUAGGACUCGGGUUAGAGGACCCGUCGGAGAGCCCUUACUUCAGAACAAAGGAAUUCCCAUCGGAAGACGUGGAGACGGCUCCUGUGAAGGAUCAAAAGAAGAAUAGAAGAAGUUCCAAGGGCCGUGCCCACCAGAAGACCCAGAAGACCAACGAUCCGGUGCUGAUCAAGACGAAGCCCUUCACCUUACCGUCGUCCGGAAAGAAAGAGUCGUUUCAAGGUUCUGUUUUGCCCUCGCUCGACCCUUAUAACCUUGAAAAGGCUGAGGAAGCCCUUGCGGAAGGGACCGGACCUUGCGGGAAGUCUGGCUGCAGGUCUAGGAGGAAGAUCAAGCCUUUAACCUCGAGCUCUCAUGAGAUCGUCAAGUCCAAAGACAAGGAGAGAAGAAGUUCUAAGAGGAGCUUCCAGCGGAAAAGGCUGAAUCGGCGGAGAAAUCGUGGAGUAGUUCCGGUUCACGGCGGCGAGGAGCUGCGAUCGGCUCGGCGGAGGGUCAAGUACGUUUAUUUGGCCGGAGACACUUAUCCUGGGGUGACCUUUGGGCACAAGAACUGUAACGACCCGAGGAAGAGGGUCCCUGCUAAUAUGGGAUGGCUGUGGAACGAGUGCCAGGCCCUAGGGAGGCUCAAGCCGAGAGUGGGGUGGCGACCUGGCGCCAUCUCCCGGACGAUGAGGGAGAUUAUCAGGGAGACGAGGGCCGGAGCUCUGGAGGACACUAGGUCGCGGUCCGCUCAUUCCAGGAGCAGGCUGAAGAACAGGAGUCAGACUUCGAUGAAGAAGACCCAGUCCAAGAGGCUCGAUGAGGAGGAGGAGGAGGAACCCCCGCCCACUCUUCAUAUUCUCAGACGGGAUGGGACGUAUUACGUCACUAUGUAUCCUAUUAAGCAGGAGAGCAUGGAGGUGCCACAGCUGGAGGUACCGAUGAAACCGCUGCAGUUUAAGAUUGUCAAGAAUAAGGAUGACUCGGAGAGCGAGAGCUCCACUGCUUCCGACAUUGAGAUUGAGUUUUCACCACCUGCCGCGGUUAAUAGGUAUAAGAAGAAGGCGGAUGUUGUGCAUGUUGAUGUGCAGGUCAAGCAGCAGGAGAUUCUUGAUACUUUUAAGCCUGCGGGGGAGAAGAAGAAGGAGAGGAAGGGGAAGAAAGGGAAGAAAUAG